UUGCUCUCCGAGCAAGGAACGCUCCUCUCAGCAGCAAACAGGACAGGUGCCUGGGUUGGUGCUUCUAAAACACAAAACAGACUAGAAGACUGUUGCCUGGAUUAUCUAGAUUGGUAGAGAGAGGGAGAGAUCAUUCCCUUUUACAUCUGAAAUGCCAGACAGUGAGGAUCUGGGACAAGAUGAAAGCUGGAAAGUCGAUUCCAGGCAAGACUACAGACCCAGAAUAAAUCAGUGCCUUUCAGAAACACUGAUGAAUUUAUUCGUAUUUCUUCAAGAAAUGUCCCACUUCAAGGAACAAAACCCUGGCAAGUUUUGCCUGUUAGUCUGCAGUGUAUGUACAUUUUUCACUGUCUUGGGAAGUUACAUUCCUGGAGUUGUCCUCUCCUAUGUCCUGUUAUUGUGUGCCUUUUUGUGUCCCUUCCUUAAGUGCAAUGAAUUUGGACAGAAAGUGUGCAGCAAAAUAAAGGCUGUUCUGAUGAAACUUGAUUUUGGAAUAGUGGAAUAUAUCAACCAGAAGAAAAAAGAGAGAUCUGAAACAGCAAAAACAAAACCCACAGAAGAUGACAGUGAAUUAGACAUAUCAGCUCUGUGUCCUAAGGUUAGUCCUGCAGUUGUUGCCAAAGAGCUGUCGGUGUCUGACACAGAUGUAUCAGAAGUAUCUUGGACCGAUAAUGGGACCUUUAACUUAUCCGAGGGGUAUUCUCCACAGACAGACACAUCUGAUGAUUUUGACCGACCUAGCGAUCACGAAGAAGCUUUCGCUAGAGAUCUUUCAGAAUUUCCUUCUUUAGAAAAUGGUGCCGUAACAAAUGAUGAUGAUGAUUCAAGCAUUGGCAUGCCCAUCCAGCAAAAACGAAAAAAAGAACAAACGUAUUUCAAGGUGGAUCGUGCUUCCAGACAGAGUAAAGAGAGACCGUCUACUGCAGGGCUCUCCUUGCCUUUGACCAGUGACCAAACCUUUAAUUUAAUGAGUGGUAUUGCUGGGGAUGUCAUCGCAGCUGCCGUGUCUGCUGCCAUCAAAGACCAGUUGCAGUCCACACAGCAAGCUCCCUCACAUGUGGUGCCCAGUUUGAGUGAGGAGACAGACACAGAGGAAGCUGAUGAUUUUGAACUGCUCGACCAGUCUGAGCUUGAGCAGAUUGAGAAGGAGUUGGGACUUUCACAGGGCCAAGAAGCAGAACCCCAGGAAAAGAAGAAAUCUUCAGGCUUCCUUUCAAAUCUGCUUGGAAGUCAUUAACCUGGAAAUUGCAGCUGGUAACA